AGACCCCCCUAUAGGCGUUAAAACCGUACAGAUCCUAUAUAAGCAAGAGGCUACCGUCUCAACUUUGCGGGUUCUUGAAACCCGCCACGCAGAAAUUUUGCAUCUAAACGUAUCAUAUAGAUAUAGAAAAUGAGCACUGCCAGUCAAGUGGUAAGUGUUUGGCAAAAUUCAAAUUUUGCUACCGCUGUUCAAUGAAAUGUUAAUUACAAAUUUUAAAAAUAAACAAUUAUCUUUUUUGGCUUGCUACUGUUUACAGUUAAUGACGUCAUUUUUAAAUUCUAAAUACCCCGGUACUUGAUCUAUUAUGAGGCAUGUAGGUCUACAAAGUAACAAGUGUUGGAAUGAAUGAAUUAUUCUGUUAGUACAAUUAAUACUAGUUGUAGAACAUAUAAAUUGUAAUUAGCCUAGAGAAAAACAAACAAGGAAUGGAUAAAAUACGUCAAGGCCAUGUUAUUAGAAAUAAAAUUUACUUAUUUAUAGGCUAUUUACUAUUAUUUGUAUUGUAUUAGUUGAGCAGCCUACUAUUUACUAUUUGUGAAAUGUAGUGGCUGUCUGAACUUUCUAUAGUACUUGCAGAGGCAUAACUGGGAUUUGUGUGACCCCGUAGGGUAAACUCAUGGUAUCAACCCCCCCCCCCCACAUACACACGAAGUACGUGCAGCUUGUAAUUUUUAACCAAAUUAUAGUAAUUAUACAGAAUCGCUUUUAGUAUAUAGUAUAUUAUUUUCCUAAAGUAAAGUACCACAAAUUUUUAACAAUUAAAAGUAAACAUCUGAGGUGACAAUUUUAAAAAAUGCAUCAAAAUUAAUUUUUAUUGAUAAUUGAAAUAAUAAUCUUGACGUCAACAUGUCAAACUGGUAUUCAAAGAUGCAAACCUAUCAAUGACGAAGUUUGCAUUCUUCACCUUAUCACUUUCAGCUGAAAAAAUAGCAAGACCAGAAAGUAGGGAUAACAAUACUUGUCCAUGCACCGUUCUGCCCAUGUCCUAAAAUGUCGAAAAAAUGUGUUCUGCAAUAUGGCGUACAGCUACACGGUAUCAUUGGAAAAUUGCAUACUACGUCACCUUUGUUUAUUAAAUAACUCCUUUCCUCAUCACUGACGCAUCAGUUUUUGUGUUCCGGUCAUAUAUUGAUUUAUGCUACGAUAUUUUUUGUGCAUCACGGGCAGUAUUAUUAAAAUGACUCCGCUAGUAUAUAAAUCACAUAAAUACUUUUUUACUAGUAAAGCCACCAAAAUAAGGUUUAGUGCUCCCUAAUCUACAUUCAUUGUAAGAGUUUUUUUCAUUUUUUGAGUUAUUAUCGUUGAGCUCUCUAUAAAAAGUUAUGCAUCCUGCGAAGAAGUGGGGGGUAUGAAAUUAUCAUUAUUGUUUUAUUUUGAUCGACAAGCCGGAAAUGGCUGCUAUCACUGUGAUACGUUAAUGUUAAAUUCUUAAACAUCUAAAUCAUUAUAAGACGUUUAAAAUGAAUCAUUUUAAGAUAAGAUUAUACCAAACUUGAAAAGUUUAUGUAGUAACCAAGGGUUGGUUUUAAGGUUUAUUUAACAUUAAAAUUUGUGUACAGUAUUAUUGAAUCAAUAUUUUAUAGUUUUACAAUAGUAAUAUCGAUAAUAAUAAUCGUUUUUCUCUUAUUAUUUCAGAGAAUAUUACUAAAAUUAGGCCUACUUACAAUUAUCAAUUAUAAUUAUAAACAACUGUUAUUAUAAUAGAAUAGAAAAGCAGUACAUAGACAAUUAUUUAAUAUAUCAAAUAACAUUUUUGAAUGAAUUAGUCUCAUCAUUAUCAUAUUAUCAUCAUGGAUGAUUUUAUUUGAGUAAUCUUUAUUUAUAAUUACAUCCGUUCGAUUUUAUAAAUAAAAAAGACUACUUACCUUAUUAUAAAUAUAAUAAUUGAUUUAAAACAAGCAUAAUAAAAUUAGUUAAAAUUCAAUAAACAUUUUUGUUUUUUUCGUUUUUUCCUGUAUAAAUAAUGAUUUUCCCAAUUUUUCUGUUCACUUUUUUCUGGUCUGUUCACUUUUUUCUGAACUACCCACAAAUAAAUUUAUAAAAAAUAAAGGUCUUAAUGUUAUAAAACUUUUGUAGUUUAUUGUACUGUAUAUUGCAUUGAUAAUGUCUCCUGAAAAUUUGGUAGCAUUAUCUUUUAAAAUCAAAAAGUUUUGGGUAAAAUAAGGCAGAAAUUUUGAAAGUGGGCCACACGUUUUUUCAGUUAAAUACUAAGAUAAAGAAGGGGGGUUUUUAAAAAUCACAAAAAAAAAUCAUAACUCCAUUUCUAUAAAAGAUAGAAAGAUGAAAUUGGUGUUGUUGUAAAGUGUAAAGCUUUAAAAUAAUGUAUCAUUCAUGGCAAUUGGACAAUAUUUAAAUUUUGUGUCAAAGUACCUACAGAAAGACUGGACCAUUUCAUAUUAGAACACAAAUAUCUCAUUAUUAGAGAUAUCAUUUUUGAAAAGUUCCACUUACAUGAAACCAAAAUUGUAAGGAUAAUGAGGAUUGGGAGAGAUUUUAGGAAGUCCCAUUCAGUUAUGAAUUAUUAAAUUGCAAAUAUUGACCAAUCUUUGGAUCCAUUUUUGGAGAAUGUAGAACCUUGGGCAAAAAGAUUGAACAAGUAAAACAAUGAAAAUUAUUACUACAAAAACCAGAUAUGUUUAUAGUUAAUUUAAAACAAUAUUGAAAGGGAUUUAACAUAGGACUCAACAAGUGCAUAAAAAAGCGUCACAAACUUAAGCUACGUGACUAAACUUAUGGAAAAAUACACUAGAAGCACAGGCGGCACCCUGUUAUUGAGACAUUCGGGUCUGCUGGCAUGCUGCUAUUGUAUUUAACUUGGAUAUCUUUUAAAAAACAACUCAAGCAAGCUCUUUCAAAUUUACAAUUUUCUAUUUGAUGUUACCAGUGCAGGGUUGCCAAAAGUCAGUAAAAAAUGAGACAUCGUACAAACAUUUUUUUGAAGUUUGGUUUGUUUUAAACUUAUAUUCAGAAUGAAGAGAAAACUGGUGAGAAUGUAUUAUCAUAAGAUAACUAACAUUUAAAAAUAAUGUCUCAAAGUCAAAUGACAGAGAGCUGUUGUCAAAGUACAUGAGUACUUUAGUCACAUGGAUUAUUUAUAAUUUUUUUAGCUAUAUAAUUUCAACAUCAUAACUUUAAAAUGUGUCCUUAAAAAUUGUUCUUGUUAAAAAAUGGUGGAGAUUUAGAAUAUUUGUACAUGCAUAUAUUUUAUUGAAUCCAACCCCACCCACCCCCCCUUCAAUGACGCCACAUAGUAAUAUAGGGUCAGAAAAUCGGGUAAAUUAUACCAAAUGGGGUAAAAUUGAAAAUCUUGGGGGUAAUGAGGGUAAAGACAUAAAUUAAUUUAAUUCCCUUUUACAAUUGGAGACCUUUUGUACCUUUUGAUAAUUCUUAUUUUUUGGCUUGUUUAAAUAAAGGACUUAGCCACCAUUUAAUGUGUUUAAUUUAAUGCAGUACACAAUGCUAAACCGGAUCAGAAAAGGUCAUUUUAUUUUGACUUUGAUAAAAAUGUGACUUGGGUAGUUGUAGCACUAGAGUCUUCAAUUAUUUUGUUCUGCAACACUGCAUCUGGCCUUUUUAAUUAAUAGAAAUAUGCACCCAACAUGCUGUGGUAUAAGCUCAUUUCGCAGCAAAUUGUUCAAGCUAUCAUGAAAUAAAUUUUUUGAGAUUCUAGAAGCAAUAUUCCUCCAGAAAAUGUCAAAUUAUAGAUACAUAUAUUGAAUAUUGUUUUAUUUUUUCAUUCACUACCUUCAGCUUUAUGUCAUACAAAGUACAAGGGAGAAAUAAGUAAAAAUUCUUUUUAAAAAUGAAGUUACUAUAUCCAUUCGGAGAAAAAAAAAUACUCCAGAAUACACAAACAUAAAUGUCUUUGGGGUCCAAUCAUUGUCUUUACUAUUUGAUUUUUACCCUUUUCCAAACGAAUUGGUCUAAAAAAUAAAACUUAGCUUAUGAAUUAUGGCUAAAAUUGCCAAUAUUUGACUCUUUUAUAUUGCCAUCAAUGCUAGAGCUAAUACUGUCAUUACUAGCAAAUGGAAUAUCUCUGAAAUCAUUGCUUACAUUUUAACCUAUUUGAAAUAAUUCCAUAAAGAAAGUCUGUGUUGUUUUUGCAAUCUAGGGGGAUCCUCUCCAGCAUCAGACAUUAUGGCAGUAAAAAAAACCGAGAACAUUUCACACCUGAUAAAUCACAAAAGAAGCUCUGAUAAAAGCACGUUGAUACACAUAUAGAAAUGUAAAUAGCAUGCAAACUCAUUUAUAAAGAGUGAUUUCCCCUUAACCAAUAUACAUUAAAUAAUUUGCAUUUUUAAUGGGGUGGAUUAUAUUUACCGUGACACCAAAAAAAGGGGUUUAACAGCCGAUGAUCAGCAGUUACGAUAGUUAUAGGGUUAAAUAAAACUAGCAGACUAGGGUAUCAUCAAAUGGUGCAUAUGGGAACAUAGAUUAGUAUUAUUAUGAUGGCUGACUGGAAUAUUUUUGAUCAUCCUCCUGUAGUGCCCAUUAUAAGAUCUCUCAAUUAGCUUCCUGCCAGUUGGGGGUAUGUUAUACCAUUUCCAGUGCCUUAGACUAGCUGUUUUAACCUUUUUCUUAUGACACUCUAAAAAAAUUAAUUGUUAAAUAUUUUGACACAAAUCGUAUAAGUUUAAACAAAUUAAGUGGGUGGGGAGGGGUGAGUAGCAGUGUGCUGUUUGAUUCUUGUAAUUUACUAUUAUAUAUGUGGUUUAUAUAGUUUCCUUACAAUGUUUAGGUAAAAUGUCCCCAAAUAUAUAUUUGAUCUUUUAUUUUUAUCAAACCUUUGCAACACACCUGUGGCUGUGGACUUGGGCAACACAUCCGUUGAAAACCGCUGUUAAAUUCCAUUUAAGGUUCCCACGCCCUUGUGCCCCUGUAGUUUCCACACAAAUAACUACCCAUUUAACUCCUACCUAAUGAUGCUUAUGUAGUUUUUGCUGAGUGUGUGUCCAGAUACAAUAUAUCCUCUGCAUAUCCCAAAGUUGAAUGUUUGAGUGAAGCUGUUCACUAGAUACCAAUAUCUUGUUUGUGCCAGCUGUAAUAGAUUUAAGGUGAAAAUACAAUCAUGACAUUUCAGACACUGUCCCAAAAGAUUCUGUGGGUUGAUAAUUUUUUAAUAAUUAUUUUCUAUAAUCUUUCAGUCAAAAUUGUACCAGACAGUGGUUGACGAUGUCAUCACUAAUGUCAAGGAAUCAUUCCUGGAUGAAAGUGUCGAUGAGCAAGUUCUAACUGAUCUUAAAACGGUGAGGCAAUCUAUCAAUCACUGCUAAUUAUUAAUGAGAGAAAGAAAGAACCAGGUUAAACUAGCUUACUCACAAAAUAGCUGUUAAUAGCUGCAGAUUACAAGUAUUUUUUUUACAAGUGUACUUUGACGAUUUUGGCGUACAAUGUACAAUUUUGAGAUGUAUUUUACAAUUUUAAGCAGAGACCUGUCAAAACUACAAUUUUUAUGAGACUGGGUUAAAAAUGUAUUUUCUUUUGGUUUUUACAAUUUAAAAAAAAAAUUAUAUAUUAGAUCUAUAUCAAUAAUAAAUACAAAAUCAUUGUCAGUUGUUAGUUUUACAUCCUUUCUAUAGCCGUCGGUAAAUGGGCAGAGAAAUACAAUUUGGCUGUGGACCAUUCAUAAUAUUACAUACACAGGAGGAAAGGGGGAGGGGGGGUUGACUUGGCAGUGCCUGGUUGGGUGAGGGAGGGGGUGUCUCUUAAAUAUUUUUAAAAGCUAUAAUAUAAAGCCACUACAUUUUGUAAUAAACGUACCACUACUUUUCGAAAUAUACGUCAUAUUGUAGCUUUGUGUUCACAAUGAAUUUGCUAGAUACAGUAACAUAAUAAUAAGCAUAUUCGCCAUACUGAAAAAUUUAGUUAACAUUUGCUUUGGUUAGCUUUGGUGUUGUAUGAAGUAAUUUUGUGACAUAAUUAUUUCAUUCUUCGGCUGAACGGUUGCGAUUGCAAAAAUAGAUAAAACUAUGGAUUUUAAAAAGUGCAUUUUCUGCCGUAUCACACAUCAGCGUUAGUUUUGACAUAUUUUAUAAAGAUCUAGUGAGUGGCAUUUGAAAUAAAUUUUUAGAAGUCACCAAGCAGCUGUAAAAUUUAAUACACUAGCACUUCUCUUCCCUUCUCCCAAUACAGCUUGCGGUAGUUUUUAGACUAUAUAAUAUAUUCUUGGAAAAUAAGAUUCAGGUUAUAGGCCUAAUGCUGUUGUGGGCAAUUCAUACAUUGUGGCCCGCCUGAUGUAUCACAAAUGAAAAUAUUUCUGAAUUCAAUAGUGAUUAGUUUCAUUUUUGGCAUAAACACACAUUUGAAAUAUAUAUACAUCAUAUGUGCCAUUUCGGUUUUUCUCAAUCUUAUUUUUAGACUUUUGAAAAAAAAUAUAUUAAAAUAAAAAAUAAAUUAUAAAACAGCUUUAAUAUUUACUAGCUACUAAAAAUCAAAAGGAUUUUGAUUUAUAUAAACACAGCUAGGUAAGGGGUACCUAAUUUUCCACAAGCAUUAUGAUUAAGUGUAGAUUAAUGCAAAACUAUAUUCAGAUGUACAUGAAAUUGCAUCCCUGGAUUUUGAAUUAAUAAAAAAUUUGCAUGGAAGGGGCUCAGCCUCCUCACAAAACUCAAACCAUUUUUGCUCGGGUGACUUCAUCGAGCGCUCUCAAACACCACCCCCCCCCCUCACCUCCACAUCUUCGUAUAUCAAAGUGGGCAGAUGACGAGCACCUUUUUAUCUUAAUUGUGCACUUGUAUAUAAAUAAAUAAACAUCAGUCAUCUACUUUGAGAAAUGACCUUAAUUUGACAUACUGUAUGUUUAUUUGUUUAGUAUUACAAUAGGUAUUGUAUUGUAUGUUUUGAGAAGGUAAAGUACUUUUUUGAGACUAUAUUGUACUAUUUAGUUAAUUUAGGGAGUUCCAGUGUAACCAGUUCUGCUGUAUCUGAUUAGUUAACAAAAAAAUUGUCCAUCUUUCUAGCUUUGGAUGACCAAGCUUGCUGCCUCUAAGGCACUGGAGGUCACUCAAACUGAGCAAGAGCAGCCCAUACAACAACAUGUAACCACAAUGUUGCCAAUACAGAGCACUAACCAGCAUGAGCAAAGUGAGUAUGCACUUAAUCUAUGGUCAUGCUUUUACUCAUUUCUAGAUUAAACUUAACUUUAGUGUCCUUGUCAAUACAAUUUACAAUUUAAUUAUUUUAAAAAAUAGAGAGAGAGUUUUUGUUAAAACAAACUUGCAUGGCUCAGAUGUUGGCCUUGCGAAACAAAAGCAUAAUUAAUUUUAAUUAUUUGUUAAGUAAGUGUUUUUAAAGAUAGUUUUGUUGGCGUCAGUCAUGGUAGUGAUAAUUACGAUAGUGUAGCUAGCACCAGUAGCAGCUCAAGUUCUAAUAGUUGAAGUAGUGGAAAAUAGGGUAAUAAUGAAUUCAAUAAACAUUAUUUAAAGAAAUAUGUAGGUCACCGAUGAAUUAUUAUUAUUUUUUGUAAAUCUCUAUAAACCCAAAUCAUAUCAUAUUUUCUAAACUGAAUUAAUAAUGUUUUAUGUGUCUGAAAAACUUAUAUUUAAAAGGACCCAGCAUAUGAUUCCUUGUCCAAUUUGCUUUUAGACUAACUAUACUUAUAUAGGUCUCUGAAUUUAUUUUCUAUUAAUUUAGGGUAUUUUAGUAAUACAUAUCAAAGUUAUUAAAAAAGAGUUGACACCGCAGCUCCUUUGCAUUUGAGAGGGAGGAAUAGGGGUAACUGGAAGUAAAAGUAGAAAGUACUUUGGCACCGAUGCUUCGUAAUACCCACCACCAUAAUUUUUCAAUAAAAGCAUUCAAGUCAUAGAGAAUAUAAAUAUGCAGUAUUUCUCAUAAACUAAUAUUGCAAUCAAUGAUUUAUUUCAGUCGGGAACCAAGCAAGUCAGUCAACUCAACAAUAUCAGGUACUUAAAACUACUACCAAGUGAUGAAAAUAAUUUUUUUUUUUACACUUACCAAUUGAACUCAUUUCGUGCUAGCUGCCAGGCUUACCUUAUCUGUCUUCUUAAAAAAAGCAUAGGAAAUCAAAUUUUAACUUUAAUUACAUUUUAAUUUUAAAUACCUUAUAACAAGGUGAAACCAAAUACAUCCAGAAAUGAAAAAUGUUCUAGAAAAAUAUAACAAUAGUGGCCAAGAAAAAAGGAGCAAUGGAAAAAAAACUCAUAUUGUGCACAUGUGACAACAUGAGAUGUACCAUACUAGAAAUGAAGAAAUGUACAUCAAUGAGACAUCUCACGAAGAUAUAUUUUUUUUAAAUUAUGGAAAUCUAAUGUAUGAAAAAGUUGAUAACAUCAAUGUAUGUAUCAUUUAUGUGUUUUAAAAAGUGCGAAUAUGGGCUUGAAAUAUUAGAAGUUAUUUCAAAUUGUCAAUAUAGCUUAGUGUACCGGGUAUGUAGACUUGCAUUAUGUUAAUGUGCCACAACAACAUUCUGCAGUUGAAACACAAAAGUAAGACCACAUAUUGAAAGCUUUGGUCUGGAGGAUAGGCUAUGUUGCAUUUUUUUGUUCUGCCAUAAACACACUCCCACAGGUUGCUACCGUGACCAGUUCAAUUUUUUCAUAUAUAUAUUAUAUAUAUAUCUAUAUAUAAUAUAUAUUAUAUAUGUGUGUGUGUGUGGCUUAAAGAUUGUGUUACAUUUGUUGUUAAAAGAUAUUUAUCUAAUUAUUGAAUCUUCAAAUAUCUGUUCUAGCUACCAACUAAUUCUGGAGUGCCACUAUUAACUCAUGGUAUGUUUCACCAACAGUUGUCAGCUGUUGGUCCAGAUGGACAAGUACGAAACAUUACAGUCAGUCAGACAGGUAUGUUUUUGUUUUUGUGUCUAACUUAUGAAUGUAUACCUCUGUAUUUUGCACAAUUUCGUUGACUUAACUUAAAAAAUCGCAACUUUUAAAAAAGUCGUAGAAAAUGAGCCCCUAAACACACCGCAUUUCAAAAUAUAUUAUCAAAAUAAGUGCUGACGAGGCUUCCUUCCGGUAGAACUAUAAAUAUUAAUUCACAAUCGAUUUCUGCCGUGCUAAGAACGAAAGUAAACAACCUCAAAACGGACGGGUUUUGGCCGCAAUGGACUGUAGGCUUAAGGAAAAAAUCAGCGCUUUUUGGUCGCGUCGGACUAUAAAGGGUUAAAUAGUCUAUGCAUCCUAAAUUUUCCACUUUGUUUCACCAUUAAAAAGAAGAAUUGAUUAUGUUAAAUUAAUGAUAAGAAUUUUAUUUGAAAACAAUUUUAAAAUUUAAUGUGGUGUACUUUACAGCGCGGUGAGCCUGGGGUACCGCGCUAUAUAAGACCACUUAUUAUUAUUAUUAUUAUUAUUAUAUGGAACAACUUUUGUAUUAAAACUGAAAGUAUGGGUCAUGAAAAUUUAAUCUUAUUUUUCAAUACAGUUUUUCUGAAAAUUCUUACAAAAUGGAUAUUUUAAAGGAAACUAACUGUCCAUUUUGGUUUUAGGUGAUGGUCAAUUUAUAGCAUUGGGACUUCCAACUCAACAGCACUUGACUCAAUUUCAACAACAUUCCGGCCAACUGAUGAUCCAACAACAGCAUCAAUCACUCCGUUUACCUCAACAACAACAAAUUAGGUUAACACAACAGCAACAACUGCAGCUACAGCAGCAAAAGUUGCUCCAAGGUCAGAUUAUGCCAACACAAGUAAAUAAAGCCCAAGGGGUGAGUAAAGUAAUGUUAUAUAGUUUUAUCCUUUUAAGUAAGCUCUAACAAUUACUUUUAAAAUUGAAUAUUUAAAUGAAAUUUUUAAUACUGGUAUAUUAUGUUCAGUUUCAACAUUGUCCCUUUAAAAAGACUGAUUUGGGGGUCAAAGGGGGGUCGGAGGUCGCUGUAAACUAACAAACCUCUUGUUUUCAUACAUACAAUAAUUAAUAAAAUUUAAAAAAAUACUUAAUGAAUGCGCAGCUUUUUAAAAUUCAGCUGUAACAGUUUCCUGAAAAGUUUAAGUGUAACAGCCUAUACAUCUAUUAUUUUAUGUCAUUAUGUUAUAAAUACUUUUAUCAGGGAGUUCAUCAAAACUUAAUACAGCUGGAUGGUACAGCAGACACUAGUUCAUCAGAUGAUGAAGAUUUUGAUGAUGAUGACAAGGAGGAUGAUGAAAAAGAGGAUGAAAAUGAAGAGGAGGGGCCAGGUGAAGAAGAAGUGAGAGCAUUUUUAGGGAUUUUUUAAAAACAAUUUUUUUAUUUAUUCAUGGGGACGGGGACGAUGUGUAUGUUUUUGUUAUUUAUAGUUUGUGAGAGAUGAAAUUUGGAACACCUCUUAGUCACAAGAGAUCUUUCAAACUAACUCGAUUCACAUGUACCUAUUAUGUAAAUUUGUGUAUAUAUGUAGGACUUAAGACAUUUUUUAAUUUGUCACAGAAAAAUAAUAUCAACAUUUACAGAGUAUUUAAUUAUCUUCCCAGUUUAGUGACAUGGAUGAAAUAUUAAACAGCGUACAUGUGUAGAAAUAGACUCAUUGUUGGUAGAGAUGUGUGACUGGAUUAAUUACGUUUAAGGUUUUAUUAAUUAGAUACAUUGGUACGUUUGUGUUUCAGGACCCGUUGAACUCAAACGAUGAUGUUAGUGAAGACGACCCAAAUGAAUUGUUUGAUACAGACAAUGUUGUUGUAUGUCAGUAUGACAAGGUGAGUCAUUGUAGGAUUUAGGAUCUUAAAACUUGUAAACUUUCCAUUUCUCAUUUGUACGCAAUUUUAAUUGUUCUCUAGGAGUCUGGGCUCCUACAUGGUGAAUUUUUAGAUUAUAACACUUUGUCAUUGUGCACAAAAAUCUUUCAUUAUGAUUGUACGGAGCACAUAAAAAAGAAAGAGGAUUUACCGAUUCUUAAAAGCAUAUCGUGAAGUAGUUUAGAGACUUUUACCAAAGUCUUCUAUAAGUUUGUAUUUUCUUUUUCUCUGAUCACUAAAAUAAAGUCUAGGUAUGUUGUGAUGAGAAAUCUGCCAAAUAAGUACAUUUUUUUAGAAGUUAGAAAUACAGCUAUUACUCACUUGUUUGGUGGUAAACACCAUAUUUCAUUUUGCUGCAUUAUGCUCCUUCAGGACACAUCAUAACCUAACUCCCAUACCACACUCUGAAUGUUUGGCAUAGCCAUUCAUUGCUAAGUUGGAAGUUUAGCAUUUAAUUCAUUUUUGAUAAGUUCAUGAGCAAGUUUGGAUGAUAUAACUGAUGCAUAGUCACUUAUAGAAUCUCCAGAAAUGUAUACAAAAACUGAUGAUUAGGUUAUUAUGGAUGAAGAUGACUCUCCUUCUGAUUUUAAUAUUAUAUUUUAAGAGUUCUUCCAUAUAUAUGCUUAUAUGUUACUGUGGUAAGUUAAUUAUUCUAGAAUUAUUGUAUUAUUGUUUUUGUAAACAUGUAUGUUUCCAAAUGUAUUAUGGGCAUUGUUUAGUUAUUAGUAGGUAUCUGAGAUGGUUAACAUCAAGUGGAUGAGGUGGAUGAAAUACCAGUGAUAAAGUGUAGAGUUGAGUCAACUAAGGGUUAUAUAUAUUAAAAUGUUUGAACUAUUUUUGUAAAGCCUCCACAAUUGGGAGAUCCUGCCCCACUUACAUUGGCUCUCUCAAGGUGUCAAACUAAUUCUAUUUUUUUUCUUCCAGAUAAACAGAAACAAGAACAAGUGGAAAUUUCAUUUAAAAGAUGGCAUCAUGAAUCUAAACGGCAAAGACUUUGUAUUCCAGAAAGCCACCGGUGAUGCAGAGUGGUAGCAAUGGCUUGAUUGUGUUGUGUAAAUGGAGUUUUGUAUCUACUGGAGUGUUCAUGGGUUUGUUGUGAUAAGUUUUACAUGAGAUUUGGAGAGGAGACAAGUAUAAGCUUUUUAUAUCUGUGCCUUGGUAUGACAUACUGGGGAGAGUUGUUCUAAAUGUCUGUGGGCUGAGUUUGUCAACAAGAGAUGUUCAGUUUUUGUAAGGUUAUGUGAUGGUUUGGGUGAUGAGUUGAUCCUAAUUACUGCUUGAAUGAUGGUCACCAUUGAAAGACAUCGUUUUAAUUUCAAACUUGUAUUUUUUAAUUAUUUUUUUAAAGAGAUGAUCAAAUCUCUUCAGAUCUCUUCAGAGAAAAUCUUUUUUUUUUAAUCACUUUAUCACCAAAGAUUUUUGUUUGAGAUGUUAUGACCAAAGGCUUUUGUUAAGGUUCCGUUUCCUUUAUGAGAUUAGAUCGGUAGGACUGUUUGAACUGUGUAAGAUGCAGUUUCCUUUUACAAGAUUAGAUGAUGAGGACUGGUUGUACCGUGUUCGUUUUAAAACUUGUGUUUUUUAAAGGAAUGAUCAAUGGGAGUGAGUAUGAUAUGCACUCCAGAGAGAGCAUAACAUUGACAUUUAUCUAAUAGUGAGCCAGUCCAUCGGAACUUGGAGGUAUUCUGUCAUCACUCUCAAGAUCUCUUAGAACACCAAAUAUGUAAGGUGUUAUGACUGUUGUCAGUCUUUACAGUUCUUAGAAACAUUUUUGCAUUUCUGUUGACUAUGAUUGAACAGCUCAAUAAAGACAUGACUUUAGUUGAUGCUCAUAGAGAUUUAUGUGAAAUAUAUUAUGUCUUAAAUGCAGUUUAUUACAUGGAUUAUUUUGUUAUGAUUGAAAUGGUUAAAAUUCUUGUAAUAAAUUCUCAAAGUUUGCUGUUAAUAAACUUUUUGUUUAGUUUUCUAUAUUUUUUUCAUUAACAUUUCAUGGGAGUGAUGAACAUUUUGAGAUUUAUGACACCAGUGUGAAUGUAUGAAUUAAGUAUUUCCAUCUUUAAUAGGUUUCAGGUCUUUUUACUUUAUCUCAUCUCAGUAAUCUUCAAUUAUCUAUUUUUACCUUUAAGACUUGCAGAGCAACUGAUGAAAUGACACAUUGACAUUUAUUUAAGUUUUAACUAAAUGACUAUUUUUAACUAAGUAUUUUUAAUUGAAAUUCUUUUGAUUAGACAUUUAUUUAUUUCACAGAACCACAAGCCCUCUGUAAUUUCUACGUACCGGUAAUGGUAUUUCUAAAUAAUAAAAUAAAUUACAUUGCCCCAAAAUAAAAUUUAGAGCUUUUUGAGGUUUUGCUAAAUUAACGUCACCCACAAACUGAAUAUGUAGUGUUUCUGGAAUAGUCUCUAAAAGCUAUUCCAGAAUACAAUAUUGUAUAGACAUCGAAUGAUCUAUCUAUUUACAUUACAGUUCUGGCUAAUGGUCUAGUUUAUGGUUGUUUGAUUUAUGUUGAUGUAUUUUAUGAUACACACUUCAGUGUAUUUAUUCCAUCUGUUGCUUGUGUGGAGACAUAGCAAGAAUGUGUUUGUCUAUGCUGAAAAGUAUGGUAAGUGUAAUUAUGUAAAAUGUCACAUGAUCCAAUGAUUAUUAAAUUAUAAAAUCAUGAGUACCAUU